UUGAACUUUAUUAUUUAACUUUCAUUUUUUUAGUUAAAUAAAUUUACCUACCUUUCAUAAAUUCUCUCCGUCUUUCUUACCUUUUGAAAAGCUUUGUUUGAAUAAAAACCAAAAUCCUUUGAAUAAAAGCCAUGGUGGUAGCAAUGGUAGCAGCAUCCAUGGCUUCCGGUUUGAGAAUAAAAGCAAUGGCAGAGCUUUGUUGUUAUUUGACGGUGGUGCUUUGUGCAUUCUUGGUUCCAUGUUUGGCGAAGCUUACAACGAUUGAACACCCCGUCAAACCUAAUCGCUCCCUUAGCUUUUUGGUCGUUGGAGAUUGGGGCAGAAAAGGAUUUUACAAUCAAUCUGAAGUUGCUUUUCAGAUGGGAAGGAUUGGAGAGAAACUAAAAAUAGAUUUCGUCAUCUCAACAGGUGAUAAUUUCUAUGAUAAUGGUUUAACCAGCGUAUAUGACCCAGCUUUUAGAGACUCUUUCACAAACAUAUAUACUGCCAAAAGCUUGCAAAAACCAUGGUACAGUGUUUUGGGAAACCAUGAUUAUAGAGGCAAUGUUGAGGCACAACUCAACCCUACUCUACGAAGCGUUGACAAACGAUGGAUUUGUAUGAGAUCAUUCGUCCUUAAAACAGAACUAGUAGAUAUAUUCUUCGUGGAUACCACUCCAUUUGUGGACAAAUACUUUACAGAUCCAGAAGACCAUACUUACGAUUGGAAAGGCGUAGAACCUCGCAAAAAUUACCUCUCUAGUCUUAUCAAGGAUUUGAAAGCGGAAAUGCGAAACUCAACCGCGCUGUGGAAAUUUGCUGUUGGCCACCAUGCAAUUAAAAGUCUUGGCCAUCAUGGUGACACUGCCCAGCUUAUCAAGUUCUUACUUCCAGUACUCAAGGACAACAAUGUUGAUGUUUACAUGAAUGGCCAUGACCAUUGUUUGGAGCAUAUUACAAGCAUGAACGGAGCAAUGCAAUACUUAACGAGUGGAGGAGGGUCAAAAGCAUGGAGGGGUGACCUUAAACCCGACGAUGACGUUAAUCACAGCGCGAAGUUCUUGUACGACGGGCAAGGUUUCAUGUCAGUGGAGAUGAAUGAGAAUGAAGCCAUGAUUUUGUUUUAUGAUGUUGAAGGCCUGAUUUUGCACCAAUGGAAGAUAUCUAAACAGUUGCGUUCUGCAGUAUAGCAAGCUUUCCUUAAUCUGGAUAUUUUUUGUUUUUGAGAAAAUCUGUUGGAGAUAUUUAUUAGAUUUGUCAAUUUUAUCUCCGGUUAUUAUAUAUUUAAUUUGUACAGAGAUGAAGUGUGAAUAUAUAACUAAAUUAUUUGCCCACAUGAAAAA